CAAAAAUUCAUCUUGGCUGUCCCAUGCCGGUGCGACACCCCGCCCCCCUCGCCCUACCCUAAUCCGACUCAGCGCCGCCGCCGUGCCCUAACCUCUCCUCCGCGGCCACCACCCCGCACCCCUCCGCCUUUCACGCGAGUCGCCGCCACCGCCGUUCCCGUUCAACCCCACCGCGCCGCCCUGCCGUCCCAACCCAUCCGCGAUUUCGGCCAUCGUUUCUGAGGUCUGUGCAUUCCGAACCAGCCCUAGGAUACCCCUUGUGACAGUAUGCCUAAGAUAAAGACAAGCCGUGUCGAAUACCCCGAAGGAUGGGUGCUUAUUGAACCCACAAUCCGUGAGCUGGAUGCCAAAAUGAGAGAAGCUGAAAACGACACACAUGACGGGAAGAGGAAGUGUGAAGCACUCUGGCCAAUUUUCCGCAUUUCUCAUCAAAGAAGCCGUUACAUUUAUGAUCUUUUCUAUAAAAGGAAGGAGAUAUCAAAGGAGCUGUAUGAGUUCUGCCUGGACCAGGGUUAUGCAGACCGUAAUCUGAUUGCAAAGUGGAAAAAGCCGGGUUACGAGCGCCUCUGCUGCCUCCGCUGCAUCCAGACCCGAGACCACAACUUUGCGACGACGUGCGUGUGCCGGGUCCCCAAGCAUCUGAGGGAGGAGCAGGUGAUCGAAUGCGUCCACUGUGGCUGCAAGGGAUGUGCCAGCGGCGAUUAACUGACUAGUUAUGUGUAUUCAUCAUGUGUCGCCGAAUCCAUGGUGGCUCUAAGCCAAGCACUCUAGAUGUUUCUUAAGCGUGUUCUCUGGUAAAGAACAGAUCGUCCUGUAAUGUAAGCACUUGACUUGGCAGAUACUCCUACCUGAUGAUGUGUGCGUGCAACCUCUUAUCCAGUUUCCCGACAGAUACACA